ACACAAAGCACAAGAGAAUUAAUAUUUUUGGCGUUUGACGUUUUCCUUUGACACGUCAGCCAUGUGUUUUCCCUUGGACGGUCGUCGUCCUUUUCCUUUAAGUAGGAAGUCAUCUCGUAAUGUAAUUGCAGUCGGUGAGCUGGGAUAGGCUGGGAAUUCGGUUCAGGGCCGACCAGCAUACUGUAAGACCCCAGUAGCCUAAGAAAGAGCGAAAGGAGAAGAAAGGACUGGAUGUAUCACAGGGAAUUUGUACAGGUCCAUGCAUGAAAAUUAAACUUAACACCAGACUUUUCCACGUACCAAGCUCUAACAGAUCGGAACCACGCGGAUGACAUCAGUUGCGCGUGGAAACUUUUGCUACUGGCUCUGAUCUUUGGAAGACGGGACUGCUGUUUUUAUUGAGAUUCGGACGGAUUGCACCAUGCCCAGACGGGUAGUACAAGAAGUAACAGUUCAAGAUGUUCAAAAGAGGAGAAACCCCAAUAAACACUAUGUCUACAUCAUCAAGGUCUGCUGGUCCGACGGGUCGACGGAAGUCAUAUUCCGGCGCUACAGCAAGUUCUUCGACCUCCAGAUGGAGCUUCUGGAUAAGUUCCCUGUUGAAGGAGGACAGAAGGACCCUAAGCGCAGAAUCAUUCCCUUUCUGCCAGGGAAGAUCCUGUUCAGAAGAAGUCACAUCAGGGAUGUGGCCAUGAAACGCCUGAGGCCCAUCAACGAGUACUGCAGGGCUCUGAUCCAGCUGCCGGUCUACAUCUCCCAGUGUGAGGAAGUGCGCGUGUUCUUCGAGACCCGGCCCGAAGACCUCAACCCCCCUAAAGAUGAGCCUAUUGGAAAGAAGAAGUCAGGGUUUGUGGAGAGAGCGUCUUCUUUCCUAAAGAGAGUAGGAGAGUCCAGCUCGUCCGACCCGUUGCUGCUGGACCAGUACGUGGCCGUCACCAGCUACGAGAAGCAGGAGAGCUCCGAGGUCAGCCUGCACGUGGGCCAGGUGGUGGAGGUCAUCGAGAAGAACGAGUCAGGCUGGUGGUUCGUCAGCUCGGACGACGCCCAGGGAUGGGUCCCCGCCACCUGCCUGGAGGCCCAGGACGACCCAGACGACUUCUCCCUGCCGGCCGAGGAAGAGGAGAAGUACACAGUGAUCUACCCUUACACGGCUCGAGAUAAAGACGAGAUUAAUCUGGUGAAGGGCGUGACCGUGGAGGUGAUCCAGAAGAACCUGGAGGGCUGGUGGAAGAUCAGGCACCAGGGGCUGGAGGGCUGGGCCCCGGCGUCCUACCUGAAGAAGACCGACAUCCUAACCCAGAAGCUGGCCGCCGGCGCUGCCGCGCACUCCAGCACCAACGACCUGGACGGCGUCUCCAAGCAGGGCGCGCGGGACGGCCCGAGGGACCUGCGCUUCACGCCCAUCACCGACAGCAAGCGCAAAGCUGCUCUGAGACAAAAACCCCCACCACGCCGUGAUCUCACCAUUCCGCGCGGCGCGAACCUGCCCAGACCGCCCGUCCCGCCCCAGGUGGAGGAGGAGUACUACACCAUCGCCGACUUCCAGACCACCAUCCCCGACGGCAUCAGCUUCCAGGCGGGGGUGAAGGUGGAGGUGAUAGAGAAGAACUCCAGUGGGUGGUGGUACAUCCAGAUCGAGGAGCAGGAAGGCUGGGCUCCCGUCACCUUCAUCGACAAAUACAAGAAAACCAGCAACGCGUCGCGCCCCAACUUCCUGGCCCCCCUGCCCAACGAAAUGGCCCAGCUGAAGCUGGAGGACGGGGCCUCCAACGGCUCGGUCCCGGAGGACAGCUGGUCCAAGCCGCUGCCGGACGAGCCGGCGGCCAGCUCCGACUCGGCGGCCCGGCCCAAACUGAGGGACUGGAAGUCCGGCGGCCCCAAGAGCGGCCCGGGGGGCCCGGGGCCCCUCCCUCCGGCCCCCGCCCUGCCCCCGGCGGAGGAGAAGCCCGCCCUCCCCCCGCGCCGAGAGUCCAUCAACAAGAGCCUGGAGGCCGAGGCGGUGGAGAAGCCCAGGAUGGACCUGUCCAAGGCCCUGCCCCCGAAACCCCCGGCCCCCGCCGGGGUCAUCGUGCCCCUGGUGCCCCCGAAAGCGGCCCCCCUCAAGCCCGAGAAGCCCCCGGAGCCCCGGCGGGAGGACAAGGGCAAGCCGCUGCUCCUGAAGAACGAGAUGGGCCUGGAGUGCGGCCACAAGAUCUCCGCCAAGGAGGUGAAGAAGUUCAACCUGAAGCCCGUGGCCAAGCCGGCCAAGGCCCGGCCCGAGCCCCCGGAGGAGCGGCCCGAGGUGCCGUCGCCGUUCGCCAAGCCCAAGCCCGUGCUCCGGCCCAAACCGCCUCCCCCCGCGGCGGCCCGCCCGGAGUCCCCGCCCGGAAGCAAGCCGCUGGACAUUACCCACCUGAGGAGCAAGCUGCGGCCCCCCCGGCCCGCCGAGAUCGGCUCUGGGGGCGAGGCCGGCCAACCCGACGCCGCCGACAACGCCCUCGACAACGGGAAAGGGGCCGAGGAGCCCGCCCGCCCCCCGAAACAGCAGAACGGGCACGACGGGCCGGACCUGCCCAAACCCCCCGUCCCCGCCCACAAAGAGCCGCCGGGGAGGCCCGCCCUCGCCCCCAGGAGGCCCCCCCCUCCCAAAAAGACCUCGGAACCCGCCAGCCCCACGGAAACCAAACCCCCCCCGAGGGACCUUCCGCCGGAGCCCAGACCGGGGGUCCCGCAGGGCAGACCCCCUCCCCCCAAACCCAAGGCCUUCGUGUUGCCCCCUCCCAAAGACAAGGACAAGGACAAGGACAAGGACAAGGACAAGGACAAGGACAAGGACAAGGAGGACCCCAAACCGCGACAGCCCCUGCCGCCGAAACCCUUCAGCAAGCCGGAGCCCCCCCGGGAGAAGCUCCCGCCCCUGGUGAAGGAUUCGGGCAGGGAGGACCUGUACCUGGCGCUGGCCGACUUCGACGGCGACGAGCAGACCGCCGGGUUCAAGGAGGGGACCGUGUUCGAGGUCCUGGAGAAGAACACCAGCGGCUGGUGGUUCUGCAAGAACGUGAGCGGGGGACCAAUGAGGGAGGGCUGGAUCCCUUCCAAUUAUCUAGCCAAGAAACCCUAGUUACCGACCUCCGACCUCUGACCUUACAUUUUUUUAUUUUCACUAUGUAUUUAAUUAGCUUUUUUUUUAUUUAUAGGUGGUACAUCGAUAGUAGCCUUUUUAAUACAUUCCAUUCAUUUCAAGCUUGAGUUGCGAAGGGGGACAGCCCUUCAAGCAGGUAUUAUUAGUGGAUCCUGUUUUUUUUAUUAAACAGUGUUAAUUAGGACUGAAGAAAGAUUGUCGGAAUGAUGAUAGGCAGCAUCAUUGGAACAAGACCAUUUUUAGAUUCAUAUCAUGUACACCUUGUGUGCCAUAUAUUACACAGGUUUAUAAAUGUAAUUUUAUAACUGUAUUACAGAAGCUGCAGUAGACAAGCAAUAUGUAUUAUGCCUUCAUAAUAUUGUGCCUCAGUAUAUCACAAUGGUGUUCCAAGCUUAAAUAUAUGCAAGCAAGGUU